AUGUCCAGGUCGGUCCUGGAGACCCUGACACUCUCUACUGCCAUGAAAUGUGUCCCCCAUGACGGCUGCUCGUUAUUCCUACGUGUACAUGCCUCCGUCAUCCUGCAUGAGCGUCUGCGUGGCCUGGAGGCCUGCUCCACGAGCCUCGACACCCAGGAGACACAGUGUCAGAGUGUGCAGGUCACCAGGGCCUCCCACCAGCAGCAGGCAGGGUGGCAGCUCCAGGUGCACUUUGGCUGCUUCAAGGUGAGCGUGUCCCAGCAUCUCCAUGUCACCCUGAGGACCAUCCCCCACUUCUGUGGGGCCCAGCUGGACCAGCAGCACCAUGUGGAAGCAGGGAAGCUCAGCUACUGGGUGGACCGGAGGCGUAAGGCGGUUCUGGUGCAGGUGCCUGAGGCCUCUGGGAGCCUCGACUACAACGUCCGGCUCUGCCUCAAGUGGUUCACCUGUAAGGACGCCAGCGGCCCGGUGCGGGUGAGUCUGGCCUGCCACUGCGUCUGGUCUGCGACACCUGACGCUGUGAGGAUACAGAUCUGCCCCUUUGAAGACGACACAGAGGCGCUGUGGGACACCAUCCACUACCAUCCUGGAAGCCAGGCGCUGAGCUGGAAGCCCACCUGCCCUGUGAGUGGCCACGUGAGCCUGUGCUGGCGCCCACGGCCUGAGGCCCGCUGCCGUGAGCUGCAGCACUCCCGCCAGCUGGCACAUGGCAGAGUGCGGUACCCAAUGGUGGACACACAGCCUCAGCUUUGCCUUAAGUUCACCACCAGCCUGGGUUUCCAGGUGAGGUGUCCAUUUGAACAACAUCGCUUCCCAGUCCCGCCCACUUCCAGGUGCGCCUGUGUCACAGAAGGAAGUCUCCACUCCCUACCUGCCAACCAGGGCUCCAGGCCAGCCGCCUCCCUCCAGCCUCACAGGCACAUUCUACAAAUCCACCGGCCCCUGGGCACUGACCCAACACCGGGAACAAACAGCCAGUCACAUCCCUGGGCCCUGCAGCUGGGGGAGCAAUACUUGGAGAGUCACAAAACUGGAUCGCCCCCCGCCCAGCGUGGGAAGGGCCCUCGGCGGGGCGGCGGGGGCGAGGCGAGGGCGGGGCCGGAGGACACCUGUGCCCAGACUUGGGACGUGGGAGCUGGGAGAGGUGUCUCUGAGGACAAGCUCCUUGUCUCGGCCCCCAAGUUCCCAGAACAAGUGGUCCUCGCGCAGCGGACCCACCCUAGACCCGGGCACUCAAGGAGAGAGCUCCUCAACCCUAGGAGGUACCGCCCCCCACGUACAUCUGAUCACCCUCACCCCAUGCGUCCUGGGGAGCUGGCAGCUCAAGCUGUCUUGCAUCACCCCUUUCUCUGCCCUGGGGAGUCUGGAGGGACCUGGAUGGAUGCAGGUCGCGUGACCCUCAUGACCUGGGUGACCCAGGGAGAGCUUUUCCCAUCUCUGGACCUAGGCCAGAGGACAGGCUGGCUGCUCAGCGGGUCAGGGCUCCCACCCCGCAGGGCCUGCAGCAGCUCUGUGCACCCUGGAUUACCCCACCCCACCCCUUUUCUGGAGUGGUUGUAG